CUCGCUUGAGACAGACAUUCGGGGGCCGAGGGUGGACGGCAGCAGGGAAGCAGCGGCGGCAGAAGCAGCUCACUUCCUGGGCAAGUUCGACCGGUAGAUCAUCCGCGUUCCACCAAGGAAGGCAGGCAGGCAGGCAAGCGCUUCACCUGCCCGUUUCUCUUCCUUCCUUUCUAGAGGACCGAGGACUCCGCGCCUGCGAUCCCAGGCUGGAUGCGAAGCCGAGACAGCAGCCACCGGGAGCCUCGGCGGGUUUGUCUUUAAAGUUGAGUCCAGGGAGAUCGAUCGGCGUCAUCCUUCCGAAGUCCGGAGAAAGCCGGCCUCGCUUCGCCACCCAGAGGAGAAGAUCCACUGACCACGCCUCGACCCACUGCGGAUGUCCCUCUGAAAUGAGCCAGGUGGCAAGGAAGGAGGGCGUGGGAAGCCCCGGGCGCGGCGAGCGGCCGGCCGCGGCUGGAAGGCAGCGAGGUAGCGAGUAAACAGAGGGCGGCCAGGCCCUGGGCUCGCGGAACUCGCCCCGGUCGCUCUCCUUUCGGCAGCCUCUUCCACUGCGGCGGAGAUGAGCGGCUGGGCAGGGCUGGCCGGGCUCCUGCUGGCCGUGGCCGGAGCUCAGAAGCAGCUACUGCAGCCGCCGAGUAGCCUUCGCCCUGCCUCCGCGGAACACGCCGCGCAGUUCGACCACGUCUUGAACGGGACGGUCAACCGAGGCACGGAGCGGCUGUACUCGUUCAACUACACCAGUAAGGCAGGCCAGGCGGAUGCCCUCCGUGUUACCGUGAAGAGUGACUCCGAAGAUGAUCAGUACCCUGUCUUGUUUGUAGUUCGGCAGCAAAAGGGGGUGCUGUCCUGGCAGCUCCCACUCAUUUUUCAUGGGCUCUACCAAAGAAGUUACAACUACACAGAAGUCAGCCGUACCCUCUGCCCAUCUGAGUCUGUACCUCAAAAUGGAUCUUCCGAGCAAAUCGUAUUUAUAAAUGUCGCUUCCAUGGCUCCUUAUAAUGCUCACUAUCAGCUGCAAGUUACCAAGAUUAAGAACUUCCAACUUAGCAUGAAUUCUACUUUUAUAUUCACUGCCAGCCCCUCUCAGCCACAGUACUUUUUGUACCAGUUCCCUCCUGAUGUGGAUUCUGUCAUUGUCAGAGUGGUUUCUAAGACAAUCUAUCCCUGCUCUGUGGUCUCCAUCCAAGAUAUUGUGUGUCCCGUUUAUGAUUUGGAUUAUAAUGUGGAAUUUAAUGGAGUUUACCAAUCCAUGACAAAGCAGGCAGCUCUCACUGUGCAGAAAAAGGACUUCCCAAGCAAACAGUUUUUUGUUGUAUUUGUCAUAAAGCCAGAGGACUAUACCUGUGGUGGUUCAAGACCACUCUCCAUUCAAGGAAAGACUAACUACACAUGGAACCUUCAACGAAUGAAGCAUCUUGAAGUGACAGUGUUACCUUCAGUUAAAGGAACUGUUUAUAUACAGGCCAUCCUUUUCAGUUUUCUGACUUUCUUCUCCUUCUAUCUGGGUGCACUAGUGGUUGGAUUUGUGCAAUAUAUCAGAUUUCGUAGGAAAACAUCAAUACUUGAUGAUGAUGAAUCAAACUCCAGUGGAGGUCAAGAAUUAUCAACUCUAGGUCGUAGGCCUCCUUGUGGCAGUGAUACAGACAGCUCAGUAGAAGAGGAGAGUGAUUUUGACACUAUGCCCGAAAUUGAAAGCAACAAGAAUGUAAUCCGCACUAAGAUGUUCCUUUAUCUGUCAGAUCUAUCCAGAAAAGAUCGGAGAAUUGUAAGCAAAAAGUAUAAAAUUUAUUUCUGGAAUAUCAUCACAAUUGCUGUUUUCUAUGCCUUACCUGUGAUCCAAUUGGUGAUCACAUACCAGACGGUAGUGAAUGUGACUGGAAAUCAGGACAUCUGCUAUUAUAACUUCCUUUGUGCUCAUCCGCUGGGAGUCUUAAGUGCUUUCAACAACAUCCUGAGCAACAUUGGCCACAUGUUGCUGGGUGUCCUUUUCCUGUUGAUUGUGUUGUGCAGAGACCUUCUUCAUCGGCGUUCCUUGGAAAAUAAAGACAUCUGUGCAAUGGAAUAUGGGAUCCCUAAGCAUUUUGGCCUCUUCUAUGCCAUGGGUGUCGCUUUAAUGAUGGAAGGUGUCCUCAGCGCUUGCUACCACGUCUGUCCAAACUACACUAAUUUCCAGUUUGACACAUCUUUCAUGUAUAUGAUUGCAGGAUUGUGUAUGCUAAAACUCUAUCAGACUCGCCACCCCGACAUCAAUGCCAGUGCUUACUCAGCCUAUGCAUCCUUUGCAGUGGUUAUUUGCCUUGCUGUAGUUGGAGUGGUUUUUGGGAAAAAUGUGUGGUUUUGGGUCCUCUUCUCCAUCAUCCAUGUUGUGGCCUCUCUUGGUCUUAGCACCCAGAUUUACUACAUGGGUCGUUUCAAGAUAGAUGUCUCUGAUCCAGACCUUGGGAUUUUUCAACGUAUAGCUAUAGUAUUGUACACAGAUUAUAUACAACAAUGCAGCCGACCCAUGUACAUGGACAGAAUGAUUUUGCUUGUUGUUGGGAACUUGGUUAAUUGGUCUUUUGCAAUUUUUGGACUAGUAUAUCGGCCAAGGGAUUUUGCCUCUUACAUGCUGGGCAUUUUUAUCUGCAAUCUUUUGCUAUAUCUUGCCUUCUAUGUCAUCAUGAAGCUCCGCAGUUCAGAGAAGCUAUUGCCUUUCCCGCUCUUUUGUAUUGUGGCCACAGCUGUGGUUUGGGCUGCAGCUCUUUAUUUCUUUUUCCAGAACCCCAGUAGCUGGGAGGAAACUCCAGCCCAGUCUCGUGAAAAAAACCGACCAUGUAUUGUUCUGGGAUUCUUUGAUGACCAUGAUAUCUGGCACUUCCUCUCAGCUGCUGCCUUGUUCUUUUCAUUCUUGGGCCUGCUGACCUUGGAUGAUGACUUGGAUUCUGUGCCAAGGAACAAGAUUCCUGUAUUUUGAGCUACAGGAUAAUUAUAGUGUUUGAUCCUUCUCGGUGAAAUGUGCCAUGUGGAGCAGUCAGAACAGACCACCAAGUACACAUUGGAAAGAACCUUCUUGGAAGCAAUUCCCAUAUAGGAAAAAAACAACAGCAAAAUCAUAUCCUCAACAUCAGCUGGAUCAGAUCUAUAGUAUAAUAAUGCAUUAUAUUGAGACUAAUCAAGCUGAGGUGUUCAUAGGCUCCCUGAGGCCAUUCUUCACUUUCUUAUAAUGGGGUUUAUUCCCAGCAUUGUAGUUUCUGAGUUUGUAAUUUACUAAAUGCACACUGUAGCCCUUUUGGCUACAGUGGAACGUUGGUAUUCAAUUGCUUUGAAACUCAUUGAAUUUGGUACUCAAUGCAUUUUGACACAAUUUUUUAAUCCCAGUACUCAUGUUUGUUUGGUACUCGAUGCAUAAGCUAGAAUUUGUUGGGGUCAGUUGCCUUGUGACUCACUAUAUUAUUCCUUAUGGGAGAAAUUUGUUUGGUACUCAUUGUGUUUGGUACUUAUCGUGCCUCCUGGAACCAAUUAAUGAGUAUGAAGGUUCCACUGUACUUAUGUUCUGUUGCUUGAUUAGUCAGAAUUACUUUAUGCAAUACAUUUAAGAUCGUGCAAAAUAACUGUUAUGUGGGUAAGACAGAAAAGACCCAAUUGUCUCCCCUAUUGCUUAAUCCCAGAAUUAUAUUCAGGGGAUGCUGUGUAGAUGUUUGUGCCAUGCUUUGCUAAAUUUAAAUUAAAGCAUGUCUCAGUAUUAUCAAUUUGAAUUACUUAAAAGUGUUUAACCUUUAAGUAU